AUGACAGUGGUGCUGAUGGUGACAGUGAUGGCGGGCAGCUGCCGCCAGUGCGCGGCUCAGGACUUUAAGCCCAACUUCUACUGCACAGACAACCCGUGCAAUGACGUGUCGUACGAGGUGUCCGGCGAAACGGGCUGUCCCCACACGGACCACGCUUGCCUGUGUGUGGACGAGGCGUUUGUGGAGAGCUUUCCGGCCGGCUGCGAGUGCAGGGAUGGCCUAACCAGGACGGUGGACACAAGCGGCACAAGCCCGAGCGGAUUCGUGUGUGGGCCAUGCACCGUGUGCGACCACUUCCACAUUAAAGCGUCCCCUUGCAUGCCAGAACAGGACACCGUGUGCGUGAACUGCGCAACUGCGUGUGAGCCCGGAGCAUACGUGGACGCUUGUGGCUCGUCAAGCGUCGCGUGUGAGCCCUGCACCUCAUGCGAGGCACAGUCUCAGUUUGAGGCGGCGCCUUGCACGUCAACGUCAGACACCCUCUGCUGUGACGCCUGCGCGGACGCCGAACAGUUUGUCGCGGAACCGUGCACGAGAACAACAGCGGCCACCUGCACUGCGUGCACGCGGUGCGUGGAUGGGCUUGAGUUUGAGCUGCGUGCAUGCGGCCUCACCACGGACCGUGUGUGCCAGGCAUGCACAACGACAUGCGCUGGUCCGCACGAGCACGUUGUGACGCCUUGCACCCCCACAUCUGACGCUCAACGUGGCUGCCUUCCCGGCUACUUUGAGUCAGUCCCAGAAACACCAACAUCCUCGCGGGAAUGCAUCCCUUGCCCACAGGGAACCACCGACCACGACCGAGAUGGCACCACCGCCUGCAUGGCGUGCCCGUUUGCCAUCACCAACACCACCGCCAACGCUGGGCCCUGCGAGGAGCUGCAGUGUGCCCCGGGCACGUCGGGAUCCCAGAGCUGCCAGCCGUGUGCGCCACCCUCACACUACCAGCCGCUUGGUGGCCAGACCAUGUGCCUCAACACAACACUGUGCCGCCCGGGCUUUGUCGAGGAGCAGCCGCCCACGCCGACAACCGACCGCGUUUGUGUCGCGUGUGGACAUGGCACGUUCAGCAACGUCACCGCGGAUGUUUGA